AUGGCUUCAAAGCGGGUCAGGACGGCUGUAGACGGCGAACAUCUGCAAGAGAAUGUGGAAAAUUCUGGAGACGGACUUGGUUCGGCAAAUGAGAACCGACUUGCGAAACGACUUCGAGUAUCACCUGACGCCAGCAACGACCGCGUCAGAAGGUCAAUCACUCAUGAUGGCAAUUCGGGCACCGAAGAACAUGCGGAGGAUGAGGAUGAUGAGGAUGAUGCUGAGGACGAGGAAAUGAACGGCGACACCGAUACCCCCAACUCCCCGCCCCAGACGCAGUACGAAAUAAUGCGAGAUGCCGGUUUCAAACACCUGCAAAAUACAGACAAAGACGACCUGCAAGCUACACAGAAGCUCAAACUUCGCCCGACUAAUGUUGGCCAGAAUAUGGCAGCGGAGAGCGGUAUUAUUGAGAGUAUCACCUGCUACAACUUCAUGUGCCAUGAGCGGUUACAUGUGGAGCUUGGUCCCCUGAUCAACUUCAUCGUUGGCGAAAACGGCAGCGGCAAGAGCGCAGUGCUGACCGCACUAACGCUGUGUCUUGGAGGGAAAGCAAGCGAUACCAAUAGGGGGGGUAGUCUGAAGUCCUUCGUGAAGGAAGGUCAGGCUCAUGGCAGCCUUGUGGUCAAGAUAAAGAAUGCCGGAUCAGAUUCAUACCAGCAUGAUAUCUACGGGGAUUCUAUUCUUGUCGAGCGCCAUUUUUCCAAAACCGGAAGCAGUGGCUUCAAGAUAAAAAAUGACCAGGGCCGAGUUAUAUCCACAAAGAAGCAAGAAGUGGAUGAAAUAUCCGAAUGGUAUGCUCUGCAAAUGGGCAACCCGCUGACUGUGCUCUCCCAAGAUAAUGCCAGACAAUUUCUCAACUCCGCGACUCCCACACAAAAAUACAAGUACUUUGUGUCAGGUGUUCAAUUGGAACAGCUUGAUAACGACUAUAAAAUGUCUCAAGACACAUUGGACAGAACCAUCACACUGAGAGAUGACUUGGGCGACAAGAUUAACCAUGUCAAAAAGGAGAUGGAGGACGCCCAACGCCUAGCCGAGACCGUACAAAGGAACAAUAGCCUGCGGGAAAGGGCUCGACACUACCGGAAUCAACUUGUCUGGUCGCAGGUUGUGGAACAAGAACAAGCAUUAGAACGGCAAGGGACCGAGUUGGAGACUCGAAAGCAACGCAUACACCAGCUGAAACAAAAUUGUGAGAACAUGACAAAGGCACUAGACGAUGUCAUACAGAAACUUGAGCGGGCAAACACAGCUCGAGAAGGGCUGAAUGACGAUUACACUGCGAUGGAGGGGACUAUUGCAUCUGUAGAGGCGGCAUAUGUUGGAGCCAAGAAAGACCUGACAGAGCUGCAUCUUGAAGAGCGGGAUGCCUUCAGCAGGCUCAAGACGGUGAAGGCUGACAUUGAAACAUAUGAAGCAAAAAUUCGAGAAGAGGAGGAACGGCUCGUUGAAUCUUCUGGGUCUGCCCGUGCGGAAAAGGAAGCAGAGCACAAGCGAGCCCAAGCUCGUGAGGCAGACCUCAACCAACAGAUCAAAGAUUGUACGCAACAACUACCAGGUUUCCAAUCCAGAGUUGUAGAAAUCGAGCAGACUAUGAAGAAACAUCAACGCCACAGGGAUCAGAAAAAGAAAGAUAUUGUUGCUGCCCAACAAGGAGUUAGAGAACUCGAGAAGAGUACCGGGUCCAUCUAUGAUGGAUUCGAUACCGACAUUAAGCAGCUUGCGAGAACUGUUGCAGCAGAAUCAGAAUUUGACAGCAAGCCGUUAGGACCUCUGGGCGCUCAUAUCAAGCUGAUUAAGCCGGAAUGGUCGGGCAUCCUAGAGAAGACACUCGGAGAAGCCUUGAACGCCUUUGUUGUACAAAGCAAAAAGGACCAAUCUCGUCUGUCAGGCCUGAUUCGUCAAUCUGGCAUGAAAAAGCCUCCGCCAGUGUACAUUGCAUAUGGGGGACGGAUUGAUACGAAGUCCCAAGAACCCGCCGACGAGUUUGAUUCAAUUUUACGCGUGCUGGAGUUUGAUGAAGAACUAGUUCGGUCCCAGUUGAUCAUUAAUAACCAGAUUGAGAAAGUUAUUCUCGUGGAGGACCGAGUACGGGCUGAAGAAAUCAUGAUUGACAACGGCCCCCCUCGAAAUGUCGCUGCGUGCAUAUGCUUUCACGAUGGAAAGGGGAAAAGGGGGCAAGGACUACGAAUCACGAAUCGAGGCGGCACGAUAGGAACUAGCCCUGUGAUCCCAUCGAGUAUGCGGCCCCGGAUGCAAUCCGAUGCUGCUCGGCAACUGGCUCUACAAAAGGAAAAUCUGAAGCAACUGGGACUGGAGCUGAGGGAUGUGAAUGUGGAGGAGCGGCUAGCCACGCAAGCUCUUCAAAAAGCCAAGUCAGAGUUGGAAAAUAAGAAAAAGAGCAUCAAAACGCUCGAAAAUGAUCUUCGUCGAACUCAAGCUGACAUAGAGAAGGCCGCAGAGGAACUGGACAGCUUUGAGGGUGUAGAUGAUCGUCUAUAUCUGCUGCGUUCUGAGCUAAAAGCUAAGCAGACAGAGGAAACCCAGCUUGGCAACCAGUAUGGCAACCUCAAAUUAGCAAAGCGAGAGCUCGGAGCCAAAUCCGAUGCGGCCAAGAGAAAUCUCGAUGCAGCAAGGGAUGAGCAAAAGGACUUCCAAAAUCGUGUCAAUAAAUCGGACGCGAAGAUUCAAAGUUAUGAUUCAAUGAGACGGAUAGCUGUAUCCAAGAAAAACGAUGCGUUCGAAAAGGUUGAUAUUGAGCAAUUUGAGCUGAAUCGGGCUGAGUCAAAGCGGGACGAAAAGGCCGACCAAGUCCAAGACUUCGUCCGACAAGCUGAAGAGGUAGCACCUGGUCGUGUACACAUCCCAGAGGGCGAGGAUUACCAAAGUAUCGAGAAGAAGUACGAAAAAAUAUGUGAGCAGCUUGCUCAGCGCGAGGCUAGAAUUGGAGCAUCCGAUCAACAGAUAUAUGAUCGUGCAAACGAAGCCACCUCUAAAUACGAGAGCGUCAUGCGACAGACACAAGAUGUUGAUGAAACGAUCAUGUCCCUAAAGCGUGCCAUUGAGCACAGACUUCAUCUGUGGCGACAAUUUCAACGGCAAAUUAGUGCUCGAAUACGAAUUCAGUUCAAUUAUCUGCUUAGUGAACGCGGGUUUCGUGGUAAAAUUGACCUCGACCAUCGUGGAAGAAAGGUUACCAUCCAUAUUGAACCAGAUGAGACCAGGAAAAGCUCUGCGGGUCGGAAUACCAAGACCCUAUCUGGCGGCGAGAAAUCAUUUUCUUCGAUUUGCAUGCUAUUAUCAGUCUGGGAAGCAAUUGGCUCCCCAAUCCGAUGCUUGGACGAAUUUGAUGUAUUCAUGGACAAUGUUAACAGAGCCAUUAGUACUAACAUGCUGGUGGAUGCGGCUCGUCGCUCCGUCUCCAGACAAUACAUCUUGAUCACUCCAAAUGCCAUUGAGGGCCGGGCCCGCCUUGACAAAGAUGUCAAAAUUAUUCGGUAUUACUUCACAGCCAAAUUACAUCACAAGGAUUAUACAUACUGA